UCAGCUGGGAUGAAGGAUACUCUAACUACCGAUACAUAUGGUGCUGAAAUCAUGCCUUUUGGUAUGUACUUUAGAAUCAAAUUAUCAAAUCAUAGCAUUUCUGUUAUAAAAUUCAAAAUCAUUGAAUAUCAAAAUUCAAAAUCAUGUUAAAUGAUCAGUUGUUUCUGGGGUAAGAAAGACAAGUUGCCGGUUGAGUAAUUAAAAUAAAAAGAUUCUAGUUUACUGAUUCCCUUCUUGAUUAAUAAACCAUAAAACAAACAGGCGUUUACCAAAAUAAAUAAUUAAAAAAAAUCCAAAUAUAUAUAAUAUAAUGAGCUAUAAAACGAUGUAAUUACUCAUUUGUAAAAAAAUGCCUUAGCUAUUUUAGAAGAAAGACCAAGUAAUAUAUAUUCUGAAUACUUUUAUAUUUCAAUGAUGGUAUGCAAUCAGUUUCCCUUUGUUGGUUCAUAUUAAUCCAACAUUAUUAUUCUUUUUUUUUUUUUUUAUUACACCUGCAACUGGCAAAGAACUUCCACAUAUGGAGUGCAGAAAAUUGGAAAUAACACUUGUUUCCGCCAAUAGCCUUCCAGAUGUCAGAUCUUUAGGACAAAUGAAAGUCUACGCAAAGGUUUCGAUCAAAGGUGAAUCGAAAACCAGCAAAAGAAGCCCGGUUGACUUUGAAGGAGAAACCAAUCCCAGAUGGAAUUUCCGUACAGAGUACACGAUAAGCGAGUCCGCAGUUCAACAGCCAGACGUAAAGAUUUCUAUCAGACUUUACUGUAAGAGAACUCUUGGCAAUAGAUUCAUCGGAGAUGUGAGUAUACCGAUAAAGAGUCUUUUCGAUAAGGGGAUUAAAGCGGAUAAGAUUUUGAGCUACAGAGUUGCUGGAACUGAAAAUGGUGUGGUCAAUAUAUUGUAUAGAUUUGGUAAUGAAAAGGUUUUGGUUCGAAAGCCUUCGAGUUGGAAGAAUAUUGCUUUUGAGGUUGGGUUUUUCGUUUUGUUGGGUGGCGCCGUGCUUUUAUUAGCUGAUAAUAAUAGUAAAAAUUCUAUUGAAGAUAAUAAAUCUAAUGUUCGUGUCGAUGAUGAUAAUGUUGGUGAUGAUGAUGAUGAUGAUGACGAUGAUGUUUUCUACGAUGCUUGUUGAUUUAUAAGGCACAUUAAGAACAAGAAGCAGUUUAGACAUCUUUUUUUUUUUUUUUUGGUUUUCUGUCAUGAUUGUGAAUUUUGUUUUGCUAAAUGAAAGUUGGUUCAUAAAAUGAAAGCAUGUCUGUAUAUAAA